GCGCCUCCGGCCGCUGCGAGCCGGGCUAGCAGCGCGCGGUCUUCGCGUCGCUCCCCGCUGGCUACCGCGGCGCCGCGCGGGUGGGUGGGAUCGUGGCGGAGCUCCCGGCGCCGGGGCAGGGGCGGGAGAGCGCCAUGGCGGCGGCUGUGGCGGCGGCAUCCGGUCCCCGCGCCGCGGAGAGUUGAGGGGCCGCCUCUUCACGACUGAGGAGGCCACAGCUGCCCGCCUGCCUUCCACGCGGGCCGCGGCUCCGGCAUGGCCGGGAUCAUUAAGAAGCAGAUCCUGAAGCACCUGUCCCGGUUCACCAAGAAUCUUUCCCCAGACAAAAUCAAUUUGAGCACUCUGAAAGGGGAGGGUCAGCUGACGAACCUGGAGCUAGAUGAAGAGGUUCUACAGAAUGUGCUGGAGCUGCCCACCUGGUUAGCCAUCACUCGGGUCUACUGCAACAGGGCCUCCAUCCGGAUCCAGUGGACAAAGUUGAAGACACAUCCCAUAUGCUUGUGUCUGGAUAAGGUAGAGGUGGAGAUGAAGACAUGUGAGGAGCCUCGGCCCCCCAAUGGACAGUCUCCCAUUGCCCUCGCUUCAGGACAGAGUGAGUAUGGCUUUGCCGAGAAGGUGGUGGAGGGAAUGUUCAUCAUCGUCAAUUCCAUCACCAUCAAGAUUCACUCCAAGGCCUUCCACGCUUCUUUUGAAUUGUGGCAGCUCCAGGGCUACAGUGUCAACCCCAACUGGCAGCAGAGUGACCUCCGGCUCACCCGCAUCACUGACCCCCGCCGAGGAGAGGUUUUAACAUUUAAGGAAAUAACUUGGCAAACACUUCGAAUUGAGGCAGAUGCUACCGACAAUGGUGAUCAGGAUCCAGUCACCACUCCAUUGAGGCUUAUUACCAACCAAGGCAGGAUCCAAAUAGCCCUCAAAAGAAGAACCAAAGAUUGCAAUGUGGUAGCCUCCAAGCUGAUGUUCCUGUUGGAUGAUCUGCUCUGGGUGCUGACUGACUCACAGCUCAAGGCUAUGAUGAAGUAUGCGGAGUCGCUGAGUGAGGCCAUGGAGAAGUCAGCCCAGCAGAGGAAGAGCCUGGCCCCUGAACCUGUACAGAUCACUCCACCUGCUCCCAGUGCCCAGCAGUCCUGGGCCCAGGCGUUUGGUGCCAGCCAAGGCAGCAGCAACAGCAGCAGCAGCCGCCUCAGCCAGUACUUUGAGAAAUUUGAUGUGAAAGAGUCCUCCUACCAUCUGCUCAUCUCCCGCCUGGACCUGCACAUUUGUGACGAUAGCCAGUCUCGGGAGCCAGGUGUCUCUGCAAACAGACUCACGGGUGGUGCAAUGCAGCUUACCUUCCGCAAGAUGGCCUUUGACUAUUACCCCUUCCACUGGGCAGGUGACAGCUGCAAACAUUGGGUACGGCACUGUGAGGCCAUGGAGACCCGAGGCCAGUGGGCCCAGAAGCUGGUGAUGGAAUUUCAGAGUAAAAUGGAGAAGUGGCAUGAGGAGACGGGUCUCAAACCUCCCUGGCACCUGGGGCUGGACUCUCCCUUCCGGAGGAAAGCAGAUUCUCUCUCCAGUCCUCAAAAGAACUCCCUUGAGAGAAGCCCCUCGCAGGGCCGACAAGCUGCUUUUCGGCCUCCAGCAUGGAAUCGCUUACGUUCUAGCUGCAUGGUAAUACGGGUGGAUGACUUGGACAUUCACCAGGUUUCUACAGCUGGACAGCCAAGUAAGAAGCCAUCUACACUCCUUUCCUGUAGUCGCAAACUUCACAACCUACCCACUCAGGUCUCUGCCAUUCAUAUUGAGUUCACAGAGUAUUACUUCCCCGAUAAUCAGGAGCUUCCAGUUCCCUGUCCCAAUCUCUACAUUCAGUUAAAUGGUCUGACAUUUACUGUGGAUCCUGUCAGCUUGCUCUGGGGAAACCUCUUCUGCCUGGAUUUAUACCGCAGCUUGGAGCAGUUCAAAGCUAUCUACAAGCUGGAAGAUUCAAGCCAGAAAGAUGAACACUUGGAUAUUCGACUAGAUGCCUUCUGGUUGAAGGUGAGCUUCCCGCUGGAGAAGAGAGAGCAGGCUGGGUUGCAUCGUCCUCAGGCCCUUGUCUUUUCUGCAUCAGGCAUGACUGCCACCAAUACGCGUCAUGCCCCACAUUGUAGUUGUCUAGACCUCCAAAGUCUCUUCCGAGGUUUUGCGGCUGCUGAGUUCUUUCAUUCCAAUUAUGUUCACUUUCCCAAGGUUCCAGGUGGCUUUAGCCUUCUGCACAUGCUUUUUUUACAUCAUGCUUUCCAGAUGGAUUCCCGCCUUCCUCAACCCAGUACCCUCCCUCCCCAGAGGCUUAAGGCUUCCCAGGAUCUCUGGUCCAUCCACUUCACCCAGAUCUCCUUGGAUUUUGAGGGAACAGAGAACUUCAAAGGCCAUACCUUGAAUUUUGUGGCCCCCUUUCCCUUGUCCAUUUGGGCCUGUCUGCCCCUCCGCUGGCAGCAAGCUCAGGCACGGAAGCUCCUUUUGGCCACAGAAGGGAGGCUGAAACCAUCAGCUAGCUUUGGCAGUCCUGUCCAGUCUGAGGUCCUUGCCCCAGACACUGUGUCCCAUCAGAGGUCAAAGACUGAACAUGAUUUGAAAAGCCUGUCAGGCCUUACAGAAGUCAUGGAUGUUUUGCGAGAAGGCAGCAGUAGUGUGGACAACAAAGGGCCUCUGACUGAGCUCGAGGAUGCAGCAGAUGUUCACAUGCUUGUACACUCCCCUGCACAUGUCCGUGUGAGGCUUGACCAUUACCAGUACUUGGCUCUACUGCGCCUGAAGGAGGUGCUACAGGGUCUUCAAGAACAACUGACUAAGGAUACAGAGGCCAUGACUGGGUCUCCCCUGCAGGACCAGACAGCUUGCAUUGGGGUCCUCUUCCCCAGUGCUGAGGUGGCUCUGCUCAUGCAUCCUACCCCUGGGACUGUUGAAGCUGACUCGGCAGGUUCAGAUACCACCAGCCUCAUAGAUUCAGAGUUGUCUCCUUCAGAGGAUAGGGAGCUGAAGUCUGAUGCCUCUUCAGACCAGGGCCCACCAAGCCCUGAGAAGGUUCUGGAGGAUAGUGGCAUUGAAAAUCUGGAUGCAUCCCAGGAUAGGCCAUUGCCUCUCCCUAGCAAUGGAGAACUACAGGAUUCAGAUUCUCUUGCACAGCAGGAGGCAGGGAAGGGCCAUGAGGCAGUCGAUUCCUUACAGGCCAAGAGACUGAGCAGAGCUCAAGCAUCCACCUCACCGGCUGUGUUGAAGCCCCCAAGUGGCAGGGAUACCGCUGUGAAUGGACAGGCUGAGCUCAUCCCCUUGAAGAACAUUGAGGGAGAAUUGUCAAGUGCUAUUCACAUGACCAAGGAUGCCACAAAAGAGGCUCUCCAUGCCACUAUGGACCUCACCAAGGAAGCUGUGUCCCUGACUAAGGAUGCCUUCAGUCUGGGCAGAGACCGAAUGACCUCCACCAUGCACAAGAUGUUGUCCCUGCCCCCAGCCAAGGAGCCCAUGGCCAAAAUAGAUGAGGGGGCGGCAGCACCAUUGAGUGGAAAUGCUGCCCGACUCCGAUUUUUCUCUAUGAAGAGGACGGUAUCUCAGCAGUCAUUUGAUGGCGUUUCAUUGGAUAACAGUGGCCCUGAAGAUCGGAUUUCAGUGGACAGUGAUGGCAGUGAUAGCUUUGUGAUGCUCUUGGAGUCUGAGUCUGGUCCAGAAUCUCUUCCACCAGGAACUCUUCCAAAUGUCCUGGACAGUGCUGGCGUUCAAGGGAGCCCUCUUAUGGAUAGUUACGGCCAGGGGUCACCAGAGGCCAACAGUUCGGUCUCACCCAGUGGGGAAGACCUCAGUCUUCACCCGGUCUCCGUUCUGGUCCUGAAGGUGAAUGAGGUGUCUUUUGGGAUUGAGGUACGUGGUGAAGAUCUGACUGUGGCCCUUCAGGCAGAGGAACUGACCCUCCAGCAGCUGGGAACCGUGGGACUAUGGCAGUUCCUGCAUGGACAGUGCUCAGGUACAAGCUUUCAGGAAUCCUCAACUUUGAAGACUGACCACAUCAGGCCAGCAGUGGGCCUUCGCUUUGAGGUGGGGCCUGGUGCAGCCAUUCACUCCCCACUGGCCACACGAAAUGGCUUCCUGCAUUUCUUGCUUCGAGGCUGUGACCUUGAGCUGUUCACUUCGGUGCUCAAUGGCCUGGGGCCCUUCUUGGAGGAUGAAGAGAUCCCAGUGGUAGUUCCCAUGCAGAUUGAACUCCUGCACUGCAGCAUCACCCUAAAGGAUGAUAUACCCCCCAUCUAUCCAACAUCUCCAGGCCCUAUCCCUAUUACUCUGGCCAUGGAGCAUGUUGUGCUGAAACGGAGUGAUGAUGGUGUGUUCCACAUAGGCGCUGCUGCUCAGGAUACACCAUCAGCUGAAGUACCUAAGAGUGAGAAGAGGCAGCCCCCCAAAGAACAGAUGUUUCUGGUGCCCACAGGAGAGUCUUUUGGAGAGAAGGUGAAAGAAUUGCCUACCCUACAGAAGGAACUUAUAGAAACUAAACGAGCAUUGGCCAAUGCCAACCAGGAUAAAGAAAGACUGCUUCAGGAGAUUAGGAAAUAUAACCCCCUCUUUGAGCUCUGAUAGCAGUGGCUCAGCCAUCUGUGCCAAGGAGAGAGGAGGAGAUCACCAGCAAUAGCACCACCUAUGACAGAAGGCGCUGUCCAGCAUUGAAUAAGUCUGCUAAGGAUGCCAGAGGGACUGGGGAGUGCUCACCUCACUCCUUGUGGUGUCCUUUCUACUAGCUGUUCUGACUCGGGUGGAAGACAGGGCAAAGUAUGACCAAGUUCUAGGAAACUGGGGGCAGCUUUGUGCGUGGCUCAAGCAUGUCUUGCCUGUAUAAAGCCUUUUGGCCCUCUCCACACUAGGUGGAAUCUUGUCAACACUGUAGGGCCAUUUCACCACCUGGUUUCAUGGCAGAGACAUUUGCUUCCUCUACAACCCGUGUGAACAAGAGAAGGUACCCAUCUCCUCAGUCACCCACAGAGCCACCAAAGAUUCUAUGUCCCAGAGCUUCCUGUAGCAGACCUGAGAAGUCCUUGGCCUGAGCUUUGGCCAUGGUAGUAGAAUAGAACAGGAAAUAGCCAGCAAGGCGGGAGCCGGGAGAGGCACAAGAGUAAGGGAGACCUGGAUGCUGCCUUUUUUGGAAAGGGAGCCAAGCUCAUACCAUCUUGGCUGAUCCUACAGUCAGCCAAGCUGUAUUAAGCUUCUUUUCUGUUGUACUUCAUCACUGCGAUGCGAUUCUGUAACAGAAUUUAUUUGGAAUUUAAAUCAAGAAAAUAUAUUCACUGAGCUAGGUUGAAGGUAUGAUGUGGUAAGAAUCACCAAGGGACUUGAUCCUGAGCCCCCUGUUGCCUGCCUAGAGUCCUGCCUCUCUUCCACAGCUGUACUUCAGAAGUUGUUUCCUUCGUCUCCCUGGGCUCCCAGGCACAUCUGCUCUCCAGGCACUGGGACUUUCUACCAGCACUCUCCUCUGCAUUUGGUGGUUUGGGAGCUGAAAAUGUGUUUUAAACUAUAACGUAAACAUCUCAACCUGUUGCCUCUCAUACCCUUCUAUCACUGUGGCUUUUUAAAACCGUGUAAUUUUGACUUAAGUAAAAAACAAAACAAAACAAAAACGCUUCAACUUAGGUAGGUUUCCCCUUGCCCCAUAAAACAACUAUUUCCCCCCUCUUUCUUUCCUACCUAAUUCUUCCCCAGCAUUCUACCUUCAUCCAUACUGCUCUGUGAUACACUUCAUGCUGUGUUGAUUGGACGGAAGUUCAUUAGCUAACUAAACUGGCAAGAUGGUAAAAUAGUUAUUUAGUGAUGUCACUAAAAUCGUAAUCACACAUGACCUAUUGGAGGAAAGAUAAACUAUUUUCCUUUAUGGGAAAUCAUGUCUGACUUGCAUAUUCUAGUUUUUUGAGGAUAAAAAGAAACAUGCAUUCAAGAAGGAGCAAGAUAUAAUUUCUUCAGACUUCCAAAGAACUUUUGUCAAGGUCCGUCACUAAAGCAAUUUUAAAAGCACCAGUUACUAUGAGAUACGAGAAUAUUUUGUCAUGCUUAGGAAAAAACUUAGACACUGAAGAAUAAACAUAUUUCUGGAGAUAAUGCUAAUGGGAAGUUUCCUAUGGGUCAACGCUUGGUUUAACCUUACUUAAGACUUUUAUAAAUAAUCUGAGAGCAGGAUAUUAUAAUGCAGUCAAGUGUCCCUACUUCCAAGGAAUAAAAGGUAAACCAGAAGGGACUUAAAACAAUAACAAAACCAGAGAAGGCACAUAAGCCAGGCUGUGACCACACAGGAAAAUCACAGGUGAGGUUCAGUCUAGGUAAGUGUAAAGUAAAGUACUUACCAGCAACCAGUGAGGCAGCAAGCUCUGUUAGAACUCAGCACAGAAACUUAACCAUUGCUGAAGGGAAGGAGGGGUCAGUGUGCUGCUGUGGCUCAAAACCCAACUGCAUCAUCAGGAAAGGCACAUGAAGACAAUACAGAAAACAGGACCCCUUACAAAACCAUUUUAAUGGCUUAAAUUGUCUGUGCAUUUCUAGUGACCUUAUUUGCAAAAUACAUGGUGAAGGGAAGAAAGGUCAAGAGAAUAGCAAAAAUUAUCAGAGAGUGGAGAUACUUCCACAUGAGUACACAUAUUUAAGAUGUUGGCUCCAAUUCUGGAAAGAUGAAAGCUAAGGGUGGUGUACAUCAGAUAACCAGUCAGGAGGAAGGACGUGUUCACCAAGUCCUGAAAUACAAGUUCUAGGGCUCAACUUCAUAGCCUUAGGUACAAGAAAGCACUUCCCAUAGCCAAUCAGAAACUUAAGGAGCUCAUUGUCCAAGAAGUGGUGUUGGCAGAACCUAUGUACAGGUGCUGAAGGUUUAAGAGGAAUCCUUGUAUGGUGGCCUUCCAAAGGAAUUCUAGAAAACUAAGGCCAUUUGGUGAAAUACAACUGAGAGGGUAACUGUGUCCCUCCAUAAACUCCCCCUUAGUGUUCCUUUGGAAGGCAUAAUGUUGAGCAAAAUGGAUCACUGGUUCUCUCAAGUAUGGCCUUUCUAAUGUUCUUAGAGGAGGGAGAUCCAGUAGCUGGAAAAUAGAAUCAUUCAACCUUAGGUUCACCUGAAUUGGUUUAAAACCACAUUCUGAUUCUCUUCCCCUCUUCACCUCCCCCACCCACCAUAUCCCUCUGGCAUCCCUCCAUGCAAAGAAAAUGCCUAAUAGGUAUUGCUUGGAAUACCUUCACCUUAAGCCUGUGCUUGCUGGUAGGCAGUACAAACAAUUCUGGCAGGCAUCAAGGCUAACCCCUUUAGUGACCAGAGUUCAGUCAGGUUUCUGGGCUCUCCGGAGUUCUUGUCUAUGUGACAAAUGGAGCCCUAGAAUUUCUGACUUACAUGGCAGUUUUGGCUAUUGUGUCUUGAAAUCCUCCUCCAGGAAAUGUGGUGGGAGCCAUGGUCCCAUGAAAUUUUAGUAACAAUCAUCUUGUAUAACUUCAUACUCCUAUUCACCGGGAGCAAGAAGACUUUCUUGGUAGUCCUCAGGGUAAAUGUAAAGAAAAAAAAAAUGGAAGGAAAAUAGUAGUGCUUUGGACUGCUUAUGAUUUCUGCCUUGGAGCUCUAAGACUCUGUGAACAAGAAAUAAUACCUCAAGAAAAUGUCUGGAGUGAUAGCACCACUAUCCCUCAAAGACUUCAGCUGCUGCACAUCAUCAUUUCAGCUGUGAAACAUUUACAACUAUGUAUCAUCUAUGAUUGUCUAGAUUUCCCGUUUACAUGGACGUGCUGGAGACCGGCUUUAGUGUGUAGGGACUAGUUUAAUUAUCUCUUAGCUGAGCUACAGGGAUGAUUAUCAAUCUCAGAUUUGUUUUCAUCUCACUGGAAUAAUUAACCUCAUCUCUUUAAGACAGAAGGAAUAGGUUCUAUUUUUGUGAUGGCUGCUUUUGCUGUAUUAUUUAAUCUGACUCCCAUCCCCACCCCCACCUCCCACCCCACCCAUUUUGCCAUGGGCCUCAAAUUUUAUAUACCCUUUUCAUGCUUCUGAAAGGAAUGGUUUCUGUGUAUGGAAUAUACGAGGGAUAAACAUUAUCCCUCACAUGCCCCAUAAUUUAAAUGCUCCCAUUUAACCCAUUUACAUUAGUUUCCCCUUAGACUAGUUCAAGGGCUGGUGGAAAGCAAGUAGUUUGAAGUAUUCCCAUAGUGAUAUGGGAACUUGCCAUUCCAAACCUUAACACCGAAGGUUUGUUUUUCUCAUUUAAUAUUUGCCUAAACUUCUAAAAUCAGUUAUAGUAACAUCACAAAACAAUGGAAACAACUGAACAUUGCUGCAAUGCUAGUAGAAUGACAUUUGGUUGAGAACUACAAAAGCUGUCAUUGUCAUUGUGACUUACCAUAGUCCUUACUCUUUCAAGAGAAGCUGGUGUGAUGUACUAUCCUUCCAGAGACUACGGCCCUCACCUAGAUCUUUCCCCACUUUCUACUAGAAUAGGAAUAUUCCCAUUCACCUCUAGGUAGGUAUGGAUAGUAGUUAGUAGCUAUUGUUGAGGGGGGAUUAUUUUCCCCAUCUCACAACAGACACAAGGAAGAUGCACUCUGGGAGAACCUUAAACAGUGAGGCUUUGUUAAAUGGCCAGGCUUGGGAUGUGAUCUUUCUCCCUUGUUGUUUAUAAGUUUCAGCCUUAUCUAAUAUCUCAAAUUGAAAUAGCGAUAGUUCCUAUAACCGUUAAAAAAAAAUUCCUGUUGGAGCUGAGAGACUAUUUGCUUUUUCUUCCUUCCCCCAGUUUAUUAGUUUUUGGUCAAGAUUUAGCCUGAGUCUUACAGCAUUUCUUUGUGGAAUGCCCCAAAUGUGAUGUGUCUUCACUGGCUAAAUAUAUGUUUAAAGCCAUGGGUUUUAGUGUAAGAUAUAAAAGAUUUGCUCAACUUUGUGAGUCCAAACUGUUUCUCCCCACUCCCCCCCCCCCAUCAGGGUGCUGAACAGAAUUGGAAUCUUUUAAGACAUGCUCAGGAAAGCUUCAAAAGAGAACAGCUUCAAAACUCUUCUCCCUAUGAAACUGAAUGAUAGAGGGAAGGAUUCUUGGGGAUUGCCAAUUAUAUACAGUAGCCUUAUUACUGCUAAUCACUGUCAAUAAAAGGUCACUCCAUUCCCCUCUCUUUGAGGAAAACAAUGAGAAUGUAUCUGAUGAACUGGAAUACUGGUCAGUAUUGGGAAAUUUUAAUGUUGCAUUAUCUAAUCAAACCUUGAGUGUACUGGUUCUGUGAACCACCUGAAAAAAGCAAAUUAAACUUACUAAACAUUG